AUGAAUAUAUUGUUGAAAAGAAUCAAGCACCCCGUCCGCUCUUUCUUUGUCUCAACUCCAGUUUACGCCGCCCGCCGGAGAGGAAAAGUGUUAGACGUCUCCGCCUUGACCUUACCUCAACCUCCGCCUGGACCUCGCCUCUCGCCGCCGCCCCAUCCUUUCAUAUUCAAUGCUGAAGUAAUCCAAAGCAAGAGCCCGUCUCAAUCUAUUAGCAGAAAUUUGUGGUUGAGGAAGGUUUUCCGUAGCUGGCUUCUAGAUUUUUUAAAGUCUCAUACAGAGGGGAUCAUUUUAGAAGAUGCGCACAACAUGAAAUUUAUUCAGAACAUUGAUCUUAAUGUUGAUAUCAAGCUUUUGUGCAUGCCGAUUCAUGCAAUUUAUGACGAGCUACGGGCUGGGAUGCAUUUCAGCAUUGAAAACUCACAUUUGGAGAGAAGGAAAAUUGCUAUUGAGAUAUUCUACCAUGAAGCAAAUGAAGCCAAGGAAGAGAUACUUAGAAAAAUAGCGCAAUCUUCGGAAGAUGUUAUACUGGUUUCAAAUGUGCUAGGUUUUAACACCGAGAUUACAACAAGGCCUCCUUUUCUCUUCAAAACUCAUGCCACUAAAACCAAUUGA